CCUUUACUUUCUCUCUUUGCUCGCCGACUCCGCCUUAGGAACCUCCCCCGCGCCUACGCCCUUAUUUUUUUUCCCUUCUCCCCCCUUGGUGCAAACACGUGUAGCUGCACCCAACAUCGACACGGCGUUUCCCACCAGCAUCAGCAGCGCCCUUUUGGUCGACGCAUGAGAGGACGCUUUACAGACCGCAAUCAUGUCGGGCUCAGAGAUUAAUACGGUGCUCGCACACUCGCUAUCUGCAGAUGCGAACCUGCGAAACUCCGCCGAACAGCAACUCACUCAGGCAGCGGAGAGUAACUUCCCGCUGUAUCUCGCUACACUCGUUCAAGAACUCGCGAAUGACCAAGCACAGGGCUCCAUCCGAGCCGCGGCUGGUAUUGCCCUCAAGAACGCCUUCACAGCCAGGGACUUCGCUCGGCAACAGGAGCUGCAGUCAAAAUGGCUGCAGCAGACGGACGAAGAGACCAAGAACCGCGUAAAGCAGCUGACACUGCAGACCCUGUCCUCGAGCAACACUCAGGCUGGUACUGCCGCCGCUCAGGUCAUCUCUUCAAUCGCUGCCAUUGAGCUGCCCCGCGGCCAGUGGACCGAUCUACUGUCCUUCCUCGUGAAGAACGUCAGCGAGGGCGCCGAUCACCAGAAGCAGUCUUCUCUCACCACCAUUGGCUACAUCUGCGAAAGCCAAGACCCAGAGCUGCGACUGGCUCUCGUUGCCCACUCAAACGCCAUCUUGACAGCCGUCGUUCAGGGCGCCCGAAAGGAGGAGACCAAUAACGAAGUCCGGCUCGCCGCCAUCACCGCCCUCGGCGAUUCCCUCGAGUUUGUUGCCAAUAACUUCAAGCAUGAGGGCGAGCGAAACUACAUCAUGCAGGUCGUUUGCGAGGCCACCCAGGCCGAGGAUUCGAGGAUCCAGCAGGGAGCUUUCGGCUGCCUCAACCGCAUCAUGGGUCUCUACUACGAGAACAUGCGCUUCUACAUGGAAAAGGCCCUCUUUGGACUGACCAUUCUCGGGAUGAAAUCCGAGGAUGAGGAUGUUGCCAAGCUGGCUGUCGAGUUCUGGAGCACCGUCUGCGAGGAGGAAGUUUCCAUUGAGGACGACAACUCGCAGGUCGAAAACGCCGACCAGAUGCGCCCCUUCUACAACUUUGCACGUGUCGCGGCCAACGAGGUCGUUCCCGUACUUUUGACGCUUUUGACCAAGCAGGACGAGGACGCUACGGACGACGAGUACAACUUGUCCCGCGCCGCCUACCAGUGCCUGCAACUCUAUUCUCAAGCUGUCAACUCUACCAUCAUCGGACCCGUUUUGGCCUUUGUUGAGGCAAACCUCAGGUCUGAUGACUGGCACAACCGAGACGCUGCCGUCUCUGCUUUUGGCGCCAUCAUGGAGGGCCCCGAUGAGAAGGUCUUGGAACCCAUCGUCAAGCAGGCUCUUCCUGUUCUGAUCACCAUGAUGGACGACCAGUCCCUUCAAGUCAAGGACUCCACCGCUUAUGCUCUUGGCCGUGUCACUGAGGCUUGCUCGGAGGCUAUUGAUGCCCAGCAGCAUCUUCCCACCCUCAUUGCCUCUCUCUUCAAGGGCCUCAUCAGCAACGCCAAGAUGGCUCCGUCAUGCUGCUGGGCCCUGAUGAACCUUGCUGAGCGCUUUGCCGGCGACUUUGGCGCCGCCUCUAACCCAAUCACUCCUCAUUUCAACCAGGCCGUCAGCUCACUCCUCGAUGUCACUGCCCGCCAAGAUACCGAGACAUCUGUCCGAACCGCUGCCUACGAGGUCUUGAAUGUCUUUGUUCAAAAUGCCGCCUCUGAGAGCUUGUCAGCUAUUGCAUCGCUAUCCGAUGUCAUCAUCAAGCGCCUAGAGGAGACCAUUCCUCUGCAGUCUCAGGUUGUCAGCGUUGAGGACAAGCUGACCUUGGAAGAGAUGCAGAACAGCUUGUGCACUGUUCUCCAGGCCAUCAUCUCCCGCCUCGACAAGGAAAUUUCUCCUCAGGGCGACCGCAUCAUGCAAGUCCUCCUUCAGAUCCUCAGCACCAUUGGAGGAAAGUCAAGCGUCCCAGAGGCCAUCUUUGCUACCAUCAGCGCCCUUUCAACCACAAUGGAAGAGGACUUCAUCAAGUACAUGGAGGCUUUCGUUCCAUUCUUGUACAAUGCACUUGGAAACCAAGACGAACCCAGCCUUUGCUCGAUGGCUAUUGGCCUCGUUAGCGACAUUACGCGAUCCAUGGGCGAGCGCAGCCAGCCUUUUUGCGACAACUUUAUGAACUACCUUCUCAACAACCUAAGAAGCACCACCCUUGCCAACCAGUUCAAGCCUGCUAUUCUGCAGUGCUUUGGAGAUAUUGCUGGUGCUAUCGGAGGCCACUUUGAGACCUAUCUCUCUGUUGUCGCUCAAGUCUUGGAGCAAGCAUCCACAGUCACCGCCACCCCCGAGGGCCCUGACGAGAUGUUUUACUACGUCAUUUCAUUGCGAGAAGGUAUCAUGGAUGCAUGGGGUGGCAUUAUCGGUGCCAUGAAGUCUAGCGGAAAGACCCAAGUUCUCCACCAAUACGUCACAUCCAUCUUCCAGCUUCUCAAUCUUAUCGGUGGUGAUGCCAACCGCAGCGAGUCACUCAUGAGGGCAGCUAUGGGUGUCAUCGGUGACCUAGCUGAUGCGUAUCCCAACGGAGAGCUUAUUGACGCCUUCCGACAGGGCUGGUUGACCACCAUGAUCAAGGAGACCAAGACCAACCGCGACUUCCAGCCCCGCACAAUAGAGACUGCUCGAUGGGCUCGCGAACAGGUCAAGCGCCAGCUUGGCGGCUCACAGGGCGUCAUUGCUCAGUCUUGAGCUGGGGCCUCUGUUUUUGGGCGAUGAGCCUCUAAUAACGACAAAGCCACAGCUGUUCCGUGCGUCACAGUAGCCGACGACUCAGAUCAAGAGCAACUCGUUGCGGCCUCCUACCGCACUCACACCUACACCCACCAUUCCACACUUCCCCAGUUCAGCACAGCACAUCAGAUCAGCAGCACGAUCCCCAUGACCACUUCAUAUGUAUAUAGACCCUAUGACACUACAGUAAUCCAAUACCCACUUUCACGAAAAUCUUCUCUACACACAUUACACAAUAUUCCUCUUUUUGUUGAGUGGUUACAGUUUCCAUAUCUACAAUUUUCCAUAUGUCCCCCUUUCAACCCAUUUUUAAUUGUUUUUUUUUCUUAACCCCUAGUCGUAACGAUGGAAUAGAGAAGUCAUGUAUGCCCCGUGUGCAUCGAAAAGAGCAGCGGUGGCUAACCAAAAAGUCAUGUAGAAAGGGAAAGGGAGUACAAAGGAGGCCGGCUAUUCAUCGUUUUGUUCUUUCCGAUUUCUUUACCCCCAGUAACAAUGGCAGAAGUUAUAGCCCUCUUCGGUUCAGUUUCUGUAUUGGUGUUAAAGUCGUCGCGCAUUUCAUCCAUCGGAUGCCCGUUCGAGUGGACGAGGCUUUGCAUUUAGGAAUGGCUCUUGUGAUUGGUUUUUUCUCGCAGGAGCGGCAACCGGCACGGUAGUGGCUGAUGGAAUAUCAGGACAAUAAGGAGCGUGUCGGGGGAAUUGUUUGUUUUGUAGCUCGACUCUCACCCUCGACUGGUGAGACGAAGCAAAGAUGGAGAACGGAAAGGGAUUAAAAUCCAUAUCAGACAGGUUCAGGGGAAUGACUUUAGAACUAGAGAAUCAAGUGAUCUCGUUCCAUGUACGAUGGUCUUGAGCUAUCCAGCCAUCGUUAGAUAGUGGCAUCAGAAACUGCAAAUGGAAUUUUUGGUUGACCCCCCCUA